AUAAAUAGAAUAAGAACAACAACAAUGAAUGUGAUGGUGAAGAAAUCCCUGGCCAGCUGUGUAUCAGGAGUGAAGGAUGGAGUUGGUAAAAAAGGAAAGACUGUUCGGAGGAGAAGUGCACCCUGCUGUUACUCCCACAUUACUUACGACUCGUCCUGGAUCAGAGCCUACCAAGCUGAGCUCCACAGAGAAAGGAAACUGAGACAAGGCAUAUUAGCCCAGAAGAAGGCAGAGAGAACAGUUUUGAAAUCCCACUACAGAAACCCACAUCACUACACAAAGACACCCCAGGACAGGAAGCACUUGAAAACCAAAGCAUCUCCAAAAAAAGAUGACUCGCUGUUUGGUGCCUUCCAAGGGUUGAGCAUCAAUAUGGACAGCAUCCGGUCUUUGAAACACACAGCACCGAGAGCGGAGCAGUGUAAAGUCAUGUAAUAAGAACGCACUAAAUAAUUUCCAUCAGUAAUAAAGCACAUAUACAGGGGAUGUUACGGCACAACAUGUGGUGCAUAACGGAAGUAUAUGUUAAUGUAAAUGUACAGUACAGUAACUGUGUUUCUUUUAGCUUGGUUUGUUUUC